AACUGAAUAUUACUCCUUCCACCACACCAGAGAGAGAGAGAAAAAGAGAGAGAGAGAGACGUUGCUUUUUAACACCGGCGAGGAGCUUCCGGUGACACUCGCUGGAAAAUCUGUUUGCCGUUUCCGGUUGGUUACUCUUCCGGUGAACUCCAUAUACUCAGCUCCUGCAUUUCAUGGUUUCUGGAUCGAGUCUUCUACGACACUCUUUGUGCCGUUUUAUUCAUCUUUGUUUGUCUUUGAAGCUCCUCGUGAAAAGAAAAUACGUUACUUGACUCGUUCCUUUUCUUCUCUCAUACUCUUAAUCUAGCCGUUACAAAACAAAACAAAAAAAAGCUUCUAUUUUUAGCUAGAGCGUGGGUUUUAGUUUUAGUUUUACUUGCUCUGACCAAAUUCGGAGGCUUUGAUCUUCAUUACUUGUUUUCCCCGACUCAAUUUCACAUGGGUGCUUAGUGUUGGAAAAUGCGAGCGUUAUUUUCGACCAUGAGAGUUUUUGUUUUUCUUGUGUGGUUCUGUGUGGCGGCGGCGGCGGUGAACCCUUCCCUGAACGACGACGUUUUGGGGCUGAUUGUGUUCAAGGCUGACAUACGAGAUCCGAAGGGGACGCUGGCGUCUUGGAACGAGGACGACGAGAAUGCGUGUGGGGCUGGUUGGGUUGGGGUGAAGUGCAACCCUAGAUCCAACAGGGUGGUGGAGGUUAACCUAGAUGGAUUUUCUCUCUCUGGGAGAAUAGGUCGAGGGUUGCAAAGGUUGCAGUUUUUGAGGAAGCUUUCUCUGGCGAAUAAUAACCUCACUGGGGGGAUAAACCCCAACAUUGCUAGAAUAGAUAACCUUAGGGUCAUCGACUUGAGUGGGAACAGUCUCUCAGGGGAGGUGUCUGAGGAUGUUUUCCGACAAUGUGGGUCUCUCAGGACUUUGUCCUUGGCCAGGAACAGGUUUUCUGGGAGCAUUCCCUCUACUUUGGGGGCUUGUGCUGCUCUUGCUGCUAUUGACCUUUCCAGUAACCAGUUUUCUGGUUCUGUCCCUUCUGGGGUUUGGUCUUUGAGUGCUCUCAGGUCUCUGGACUUGUCUGAUAACUUGUUGGAGGGUGAGAUUCCUAAGGGGUUUGGGGCUAUGAAGAAUUUGAGGAGUGUUAGCGUGGCGAGGAAUCGGAUGACCGGGAGUGUUCCCGAUGGGUUUGGGAGCUGUUUGCUUUUGAGGUCCAUUGAUUUGGGGGAUAAUUCCUUUUCUGGGAGCAUUCCUGGUGAUUUUAAGGAGCUUUCAUUGUGUGGUUACCUUAGUUUGCGAGGAAAUGCUUUCUCAGGAGAGGUUCCUGAGUGGAUUGGAGAGAUGAGAGGGCUUGAGACGUUGGACCUUUCCAACAACGGGUUGACUGGUCAGGUGCCCAAGUCAAUUGGGAAUCUUCAGUCGUUGAAGAUGUUGAAUUUUUCAGGAAAUGGUUUCACUGGUAAUCUGCCAGAGUCAAUGGCGAGUUGCACCAAGCUUUUGACGUUGGAUGUCAGCCGGAAUUCGUUGUCCGGAUGGCUUCCAUUGUGGAUUUUCAAGUCGGAUUUGGACAAGGUUUUGGUGUCGGAAAAGGGGAGUGAUAGGGUGAAAAGCCCUUUGUUUGCCUUGGCUGAAGUCUCGGUUCAAAGUCUUCAAGUGUUGGAUUUGUCUCACAAUGCAUUUUCUGGUGAAAUCACAGAUGCUGUUGCAGGUCUAACCAGCUUGCGGGUUUUGAAUUUGGCAAAUAACUCUCUUAGAGGUCCUAUACCAGCUGCAGUUGGUGAAUUGAAAACAUGUGCUAGUCUUGAUCUGAGCUAUAAUAAGCUGAAUGGAAGCAUACCUUGGGAAAUAGGAGGAGCUGUGUCCUUGAAAGAACUGGUAUUGGAAAGGAACUUCCUAAUUGGGAAAAUUCCAACUUCAAUUGAGAACUGCUCUAUGCUAACAACUCUGAUUCUGUCCCAGAACAGGCUGAGUGGCCAAAUACCUGGCGCAGUUGCAAAACUUACCAACCUGCAAACUGUGGACUUAUCAUUUAACAACCUUACUGGGACCCUUCCUAAGCAAUUGGCCAACCUUGCCAAUCUUUUUUCAUUCAAUUUAUCUCACAACAACCUUCAGGGUGAACUGCCGGCUGGUGGUUUUUUCAACACCAUUGCACCUUCCUCUGUUUCUGGCAAUCCAUCUCUUUGUGGCUCUGCAGUGAACAGAUCAUGCCCUGCUGUAAUGCCUAAGCCUAUUGUUCUAAAUCCCAACACUUCUACUGACGCUGGCCCGGGUACACUGCCUUCAAAUUUGGGUCACAAAAGAAUCAUUCUCAGCAUUUCUGCAAUCAUUGCCAUUGGUGCAGCUGCUGUCAUUGUAAUUGGUGUUAUUAGCAUCACUGUUCUCAAUCUCCGUGUUCGCUCCUCUGAAUCCCGGGAUGCAGCUGCCAUUGCAUUUUCUGCAGGGGAUGAAUUCAGCCAUUCCCAAACUACAGAUGCCAACUCUGGCAAGCUUGUUAUGUUUUCAGGUGAGCCUGAUUUUAGUUCAGGUGCGCAUGCUUUGCUUAAUAAGGAUUGUGAGCUUGGGCGUGGAGGAUUUGGUGCAGUGUACCAAACGGUUCUCAGAGAUGGGCACUCAGUUGCUAUAAAGAAGCUCACUGUAUCAAGCCUUGUCAAGUCUCAAGAAGAUUUUGAAAGAGAAGUGAAGAAAUUAGGAAAAAUCAAACACCAAAACCUUGUGGAACUUGAGGGUUAUUAUUGGACACCAUCACUGCAGCUCCUCAUAUACGAGUUUGUCUCUGGUGGUAGUCUCUAUAAGCAUCUUCAUGAAGGAUCCGGUGGAAACUUCCUCUCAUGGAAUGAGAGAUUUAAUGUGAUUCUUGGAACCGCAAAGGCCUUGGCACACUUGCACCAUUCCAACAUUAUUCACUACAACAUUAAGUCAACCAAUGUCCUUCUUGAUAGCUAUGGUGAACCAAAAGUAGGGGAUUUUGGCCUAGCGAGGCUGUUGCCAAUGCUUGAUCGAUACGUUCUGAGCAGCAAAAUUCAGAGCGCACUUGGCUACAUGGCACCAGAGUUUGCCUGCAAAACGGUGAAAAUCACCGAAAAAUGUGAUGUAUAUGGGUUUGGUAUCUUGGUCUUGGAGAUUGUUACUGGGAAGAGGCCUGUUGAAUACAUGGAGGAUGACGUGGUGGUGCUUUGUGACAUGGUUAGAGGGGCGUUGGAAGAAGGCAGGGUGGAGGAAUGCAUUGAUGAGAGACUCCAAGGGAAGUUCCCAGCAGAAGAAGCUAUUCCUGUGAUGAAACUAGGCUUAAUAUGUACUUCUCAAGUGCCAUCUAAUAGGCCUGACAUGGGAGAGGUAGUUAACAUAUUGGAGCUGAUAAGAUGUCCCUCUGAAGGACAAGAAGAAUUGGGAUGAAUGAAUUAACUUGCAAUUUUCUUUUGUUAGGAUCAUAGACAAUGGGUUGUCCGGGGAAGAAGAAUCCGGUUUUAUUUAUUAAAGAGAGAGAGGGAGAAAUAUUUGUCGCAAAAUGUUUACUUUUCAUUGUAAUUUUUUUUUGUUAGUCUCUAGUUGUUUGUUUUAA